AUGCAUAAUAACAUUUUCUAACCUAAAACUUAUCAAUUCUCUAUCAAGACCUCUACCUUGAACUAGGCUGCUGAGAUAGCUGCAACGACAGAUAUAUUUGCUGUAUUUGAAAUAAACUCAAAAAAAUAUCUAAGUGAUGCAUCGAGAAUAAAGGGAAGUUCCACUAAUUGGAAUUAUAACUUCGAUCUCCUUGUAAAUGAAGACAACUUUUAUAAGCUGGCUUUGAUUUAGGUUUACCAAAGGACAGAUGAUCAUAGAGUGAAUAAUAAUGUAGGCACUAUAUUAGGAGCUUUGGCUUUUGCAUUGAAUGAAUUCCUAGGAUAAGACUAUAAGGGAAGAGGUGGAUACUAUGCUUUGAAUUUAGACGGGAAAAGUGUCGGCUAGAUUUUCGUUGAGACUCAAAUAAAAUUAGAUUAGGAAUCAAAUAAUAAUCAGCUUAAUGAUAAUGAAAGUCUUACCUUGAGUUAGUUCAAAGAUUCUGAUUUCUUUGUACCAGUUUAAGCUACUUCCCGCGAUGUAACAAUAGAUUAUAAGCAGUAAAGCAAAAAAGGCACAAUAGAUAACACUUCAAAUCAACUUACUAAUUAAACAUCGAAAUAGAGUAAUUUAAGUAAAAUAAACAAUCCUACAAAUAAAACGUUUUACUCACCUAAUAAAAAGAACUAUCCAGCAAUCAAAUCAGAUAUUCUUGGACCCUUGAGAGAGUCAAGAGUAAUAGAACCAUAGGUUAGACCAUCAUAGUCGAGGUUUUUAACUAUCAACCCAAGUAUAGAACCAAUGGAUCCUAGAGUAGUAAACAGUAUGCUAAAUUAACAGUAACACUCCAAAACGAAGUACCCAAAUCAUAAGACUAUGAAAGGGAACAAGCAAAUGCUGUAGCCAUUGAAUAAACCUUAAUGGGACGAAUCCUUUGUCAAGACUUCAUUGGAUAAUCUCACCAGAUCUCAUCACUAUUAUAGAAACUUCUUUGAUAAGCCAAGCAAGAGAACUCCUAUUAAUAUAUUUAGAGAGCAUAGUUAAGUCAAGAAUUAUCAGCUCUCAAUGAUUGAAGAGUUUUAGAGUCCAAAGUUUAAGAAUUGGGAUCAUCAUUUCCAUAAAAUGUAAAGUAAAGAUAAUCAAAAAGUUCAUCCCCACUUCAAAGAGUACUUUGACAAGCCAGUUAGUUACAGUCCAAAGGAGGGAGCAUUUAAAGCUAUGGAGAGAGGGGAUGUAUACAUGAAUCUAACAUAGAAUAAGAAGUUUAAAUGGAGCUUUGUGGGCACAUAGAAUUAAAAUUCAACUAUUGGAUCUCAGCGAAUGACCUAGUAUAAUGCUUCACCCACAGCUUAAGAUAGUUUAUAAUUUGGUUCUAUACAUGAGGAUUCCUUGAAAGAAUAAGACUCGCAAUAGAUAAACAGAAAAAAAGGAAAUAAAAUGAGAUACUAAGAAAGAGAAAGUAGAAUAUCCUAGAAAUAUGGGAGAGAGUCCAUCCAUUGA